AUGGCACACAAGGAAGAAAGGAAAACAAGUAUGCACUUGGGACGAAUUCAACAGGGGAAAGAUGAAUCACUAAGAAGCUAUGUGAAACGUUUCAACCUAGAGGCCGGACAGAUCCCAAAUUUGCCCGACGGCGUCUCCUUCGAUAAUUUUAUUAGGGGAUUGAAGAAGGGAUCCUUUAAGUUUGGCCUAGUCAAGAAAAGUGUGCGGACUAUGGCCGAAGUUUUGGACGAGGCCGAAGCAUUUAUCCAUGCAACAGAAAUAUGCAGUGCGUCAAAAGAUGGAAGGACUGUAGAAGCAACAUAUUCCUCAAGGAAGAAAGACAAAAUAGACCGAAAAGCCCCACGAGUAAAUGAUACUUGGGCUCUCUCGAAAGAGCAUGAUACCAAUUCUCCUGGACACAAGAGAGAACGUCCACAAGAAAGGGAAUAUUUCGAGUAUAACACAGAUCUCCUCACGAUACUGAAAGACGUCAGAACCAGGUUUGACCUUGAACGACCUUUCCCCAUGAAGUCUCCUGCUGAGAGUCGAGAACCUAAGUUGUAUUGCCAGUUCCAUGAAGACAUAGGGCAUGAAAUCAAGAACUGUAGAAGCUUGAAGAGAGCUCUAGACGGCCUAGCCUCCAAAGGACACCUUAAGAACUACAUACAGAGGAAUGCUCAUGGCUUUGGAAAAAACCAGUCUAAAAAGAACAAGUCACCUGUAAUGCUGUCAGGAAAGUCACCUCUGGACCCAUUCCCACGGAUCGAGAUAUGUGAGUCGGAUGGUGGACGAGUAGCCACUCCGCAUGAUGAUCCUCUUGUUAGGUAA